CGUCUUGCUAAAAGCAGUUCCAAGUGAACCGCAAGCAAGCUAGCUGGUGCUGGUGUUGCUAGCCAAGGCAAAUUUGCUUGCGCGCUGAUUCAAUUUUGGGAGUUCGAGUACAAGUAGAACACGUUGCUCAUCACGUAUUUUUUCGCACUGCACGAUAACGAUGAGAGUCCGUAGAGAGUGAUUUAGGUUAGGCAGCCGGCAUUGCUGAAGCUGGUGCUGAUGUUGUUGGUAAUCCUGUGUGGCUGCGAAGUGAGCGAAGCUUUUCGGCCACAUGAAAAUUCGGCUGUUUUUUCUUGCUAGAAGUAAGCCUUUCCGUGCAAGGUGCAGCAUCUCGGUUUUUUUCCAUUGAUGGAGUGGACACAGAGAGAGUCAGUUGUUGUCUUGUACGUACCUGCUUUAUUUAAAAGAUGCCACACACUAAUUCUAAUACUUAAGGGAUUCGACUAGUGUGGUUGCGAUCCCAAAAUAGAGCCAACCUCUGGCAGCCAAUCACUGUAGUUUCUCUACCUGAUAAUUUUUAGAAUACGAAAUAACCCGGCCUGUGAUGAAAAGAUAUACAACUACCGCCCACAGAAUCGCUAUAGUGUAAGUUUUUGACUUUCCUCUCCACCCUCAUACGACAAGAUGGGCGGGGGUGGCAAGAUCGGCGACCCAAAAGACAUGGCGGUCGGGGCCGCCCUUCAGUGCAUCGAGGCGGCCACACUGGGGAUGCCCUUUGAGGUUUGGAAGACGCGCAUGGGCCGUUUCCGCAACGAGGGCACGUUUGAAGCCGCAGCGAACGUGUACAAAAGAGGAGGCGCCGGCGCGUUUUGGCAGGGAAUAGGCCCGAAACUGAUCGAAAGUGCGUCCAAGGGCGCGAUCCUGUUGUACGCGAAAGAGGCGAUAUUGAUGGGAAUGGUAAUAUUUGAUAUUGUUCGUACGUAUUGGAAUCGAAAAAUGAAAGCGACGCAAACCACUUUUUAAUGUUGUCAGAGCUGAAGCUGUCGCGCAUGAGCAGCUGCAUGGCAUGAGCAAAUUUGUGAAGAUUUUUGCCCUGGUGCAUCCACUAUUACUGAUCAAUUCUACGCAUGACGCCACUACUACACGACAAAUAACAGGAAACCUCUGGCUUCUCACCAACGGUUUCUGGAAUUAUGGCGGGUGCCGGCGGUGGUGUAGCCCAGGUGUCGGUGAUGGGUCCGUGCACGUUCCUCGUGACUUGCGUGGUAACCGGCGACAAAAACAUGUCCAUAACGAAAAAAAUGACCGACACCUGGUCGCAAAAGGGCAUCCGUGGUUUCUACCCUGGCGGAAUGGCGUUGACCUUUCGACAAGCAUCAAAUUGGGCGAGCAGACAGGGCAUCACAGAGUUUGUCAGGACCAAAGUCGCGGUACAGAUUCAUCUUGGUUCAAGAAAGUUCUCGUGUUCCUGUGUUGACGUGUUGUAGGUUGUACUGAGAUCAUCGUAGGAAAAUAUGUUUGACGAGUGUUGUACGUCAGACAUGCCUCGUAUGCUAUUCAGUCGUCUUUGAUCGAUGGCAUGAGAAGUCCUACCGAUUCCUUGUUGAAAACCAGGUAAUGCGACACGGAGACGAGAAGGCAAAACUCUCCAAGUGGGAGGAAGCCGGGUGCGGCAUAAUGGGCGGCAGCUUGAGUUGCUGGAACCAGCCGUUUGAGGUAGCCAGGAUUCAGGCCCAGGCGGCCGCGAACGCAGGCGAGCCAUCGCUUUCCAUGCAAGCGACGAUGGGAAAGGUAAAAUAGACCCAGAGAGAUAUUUUGAUGCCUAUUCGGAUAUCUUGCAAUCAUACAUUUCGAAAAGACAGACGAGACGCCGACAUCGAUGACAAGACUAUACGACAAAUGACACUUACAUCAGAUCGUCCGCGAGAACGGUGUCGGAGGAUUGUUUCAAGGAAUCGUGCCACGCAUUGGUUUGGGAAUCUGGCAGACCUUGUUCAUGGUCACCGGCGCCAAAAUGAUUAAAGACAUGAUGUAGUCACAUCACCACCGCGUGGUUUUCCUUUCUUGCUCGUCUGGGUCACAGAUAGUUUCUCGCUCUCGACGUCCAGCUCUGCAGGAAUGAUUUUUUGACAGCUCCACGGGGUCUAACAGCGAUUCCGAUCCGCGCUGCUAGAUUCCGCCCUGCUGAUGCGCAAAGAAAUGUCAGAAUCUGACACAGCUGCACAGUUAGGGAACACGCACCCAAAAUUAGUGAUUUAUCCGGUAACCCAGUUUUCCUAUCGUUCUUUAGACUUUUUGCUCCUUGCUGAGGCGACAAAUGCGUGACUGCGCAUCGCUCCGCAAGGCAUAGUAUCACUCCGAAGUCGCGUGAACUAGAAAUUUUAGAUUAUGCUCACGCGCGUCAAUUACAGACGUCUUUAUCUAUCAACGCGAAAAUACCUUUACAACUUCAACUGCGCCGGCGCUUUAUUUUCCGACUCAGACGACAAAUCAAAAUCUGCACUCGAUGUCGAUCGACACAUCUGGCUCACGAUUUGGUCACGCCACAGCACGAACUGAAGCUAUUUUAAGCACAUUCAGUUGUGGCAAGAACCUGAGGGGUUUGAUAUGUCCUGGAAUAGUACGAAGAGAUCGAAUGACAUCAAACCAGAUGAAGAAAUCCCAUGAGAUGACGAGCAUUGAUGUCCUUCUCGAGCCUCGCAACGGCAUGGCAUUUCUGUCUCUGUGCAAAGAAGCUUCAGCAUCUACAUGCGAUAUGUCGUGUUCGUUGCUGAGCAAGCAAGAGAGUGACCGACUUGCAGACGCUAACGAUGACAGAUGGAUCUCGAUUGCGUCGUCGGCGCGCCGCCGCAGAGGUGUCAGACGUGAGGAGGUGGGCGGCGUCAUAGUCGCGAGCGAAAAAC